AUGAUCUUCCAUAUCUCACUCAACACCUCCACCAAUAGCAACUCUGAUCUACUUUCUUAUGCUCUCUGUGGGCUUGCUAUAAUAUGGUUUGCUCUCAUUUUCAUCAAGAAGUCAAACAAAGAGGUGCCACCAUUACCACCAGGUCCACAAACUUUACCCCUGGUUGGAAAUCUUUUGUCACUUGACCCAGAGCUUCAUGCAUAUUUCACAAACCUUUCAAAAUCUUAUGGUCCAAUACUAACUCUCAGGCUUGGAAAAAUAGUAGGGAUUGUUAUUAGUUCCCCUGCACUGGCUAGGGAAGUGCUCAAGGAUCAAGACACAAUUUUUGCCAACCGGGACGUUCCGGCUGCAGGCCGGGAAGCUGUUUACGGUGGCUCGGAUAUUGUUUGGAAUCCUUAUGGUCCUGAAUGGAGGAUGCUGAGAAAAGUAAGUGUGAGGGGAAUGCUUAGCAAUGCCACUUUAGACUCUGUUUCCACCCUCAGGCGGAAGGAAAUACAGCAGAUGAUUAAAUUCUUCUACAAACAGUCUGGGAAGCCGAUUAAUGUCGGGGAGCAGAUGUUUUUAACCGUUCUUAAUGUGACUACCCAUAUGUUGUGGGGGGGCACUGUAAAGGGAGACGAAAGGACGAGUCUUGGCGCAGAAUUCAGGCAAGUAAUCCAUGAGAUUACUCAAUGUUUGGGGAUGCCUAAUAUAUCGGAUUUUUACCCUGCUUUGGCAAGAUUCGAUCUGCAAGGAAUUCAGAAGAAAACCAAAAUUUCAGCAGGGAAGUUUGACAGAAUAUUCGAGAGGUUGAUUGAUCAAAGGAUGAAGGAAGUUUGUGCUGAUUUAAAAAAGAGCAAGGAUUUCCUGCAGUUCUUGCUGAAAAUGAAAGAUGAAGGGGAUGGCAAAACUAAAUUUACCAUGACUCAUCUCAAGGCCUUAUUCAUGGACAUGGUCGUAGCAGGAACUGACACAAGCUCGAACACUAUGGAAUUCGCCUUGUCUGAGAUGAUGUACAACCCCGAAACUUUAAGCAAGGUUCAGCAGGAGCUGGAGACAGUUGUGGGUAAAAAUAGGACUGUGGAAGAGUCUGACAUUCAAAAUUUACCAUACUUAUACGCAGUGAUGAAAGAAACAUUGAGGCUGCACCCUAUACUUCCCCUCCUAGUUCCUCACUGCCCCAGAGAAACAUGCAUUGUUGGAGAAUACACGAUUCCGAAAGGCGCUCGUGUUUUUAUAAAUGCUUGGGCAGUACACAGAGACCCUUCGAUAUGGGAGAAUCCUUUGGAGUUCCGUCCUGAAAGAUUCUUGGGUAGUAAAAUGCUGGAUUACAGUGGAAAUGAUUUCAGUUACUUCCCGUUUGGCUCGGGUCGAAGAAUUUGUGCAGGGACAGAAAUGGCUGUGAGGAUGUUCAUGCUUUCGCUUGCUUCACUAGUUCACUCGUUUGAUUGGACAAUGCCUGAUGGAGAAAGUUUGGAUGUGGAAGAGAAGUUUGGUAUUGUGUUAAAGAAAAGGAAGGCUUUGGUUGCCAAACCGACCCCAAGAUUAUCAGAUGCAUCUCUGUAUCUGUAA